CAAUAGCGCGCUGCUUUACCUCCACGCGCACAGAUUCGCCGAGUGGAGUCUAAACUCGGUCAGGACGCAGGUUUAGCUUUAGAAAACUUUCCGCCUUAAAGACGCUUUGUAGGUAACCAGCACACCGAGGAAUACAGUCUCUCCUCAGUCCUUGCACACAUAAGGAUUAGUAAAUUAUUUAUUUAUUUUUUAUUUUUCUUCAAAUGGGAAUUACAUGCGCGCGUGAAACUUUGGCUCACUUUUCUCUUUAUUGACUCUCGGACCUUUUUUUCGCUCGAAACAUGCCGGAGCGAAUAAGCAUUUCGGACUUCGUGGUCCUGACAAACGAGGAUUUGUCUUCGCCGGGGACUUCGAGCUUUCAGUCCAAAAUGAGCGACUGUCGGAACACAGUUUCAACCGUGGAGGAGUCUCUGGAGAUGGACCACACAACUCUGCAGAGGAUGAAGAAGAUGAUCAAAGCUAUUCACACAUCUGGACUCUCCCAUGUGGACAUCAAGGAGCAGUAUAUCGAGGUACUGGAGAACCUGGGGAAUAGCCACCUGACCCAGGACAACAACGAGGUCUCCACGGGUUUCCUCAACCUGGCUGUGUUCACCAGAGAGGUCACAGCACUCUUCAAAAAUCUGGUGCAAAACCUCAAUAACAUCAUGGCGUUUCCACUGGAAAAUGUACUGAAGUCAGAGCUCCGGGACAGCAGACUGGAGCUCAAGAAACAGAUGGAGAAGAGUUGGAAGGAGUAUGACAUAAAAAUAGGGAAACUAGAGAAGGAGAGGAAGGAGAAGACCAGGCAGCUGGGGCUAAUCAGGACCGAGGGAUCAGACGGCGGGGAGGACAUGGAGAGAGAGAGAAGGACCUUUCAGCUGCAAAUGUGUGAGUAUCUUUUGAAGAUCCAGGAGCUAAAGGUGCGUCAGGGUCCUGAUCUUCUCCAGAGCCUCAUCAAAUAUUUCCAGGCCCAGCUCAGUUUCUUUCAGGACGGGCUAAAAGCUGCAGAGAAUCUUGCUCCCUUUAUCGAGAAGCUUGCUGCCUCUGUGCAUACGGUGCGUUUGGACCAGGACGAGGAAGUAAAACAGCUCACUCAGUUGAGGGAUUCUCUCAGAUUACUUCUCCAAGUGGAGGGGAAAGAGGAGUACCUGAACAGGAAGAACUCUGGCAAUGGCUACAGCAUCCACCAACCACAGGGCAACAAAAAGUAUGGGACAGAGAAGUCUGGCUUUCUGCUCAAGAAGAGUGACGGGAUCAGGAAGGUAUGGCAGAAGAGAAAAUGUGGAGUUAAAUUUGGCUGCCUGACCAUUUCCCACAGUACGAUAAAUCGACCGCCUGCCAAAUUGAACCUACUGACCUGUCAGGUGCGACCAAACCCAGAGGACAGGAGGACCUUUGACCUGGUCACUCAUAAUCGGACAUACCAUUUCCAGGCAGAGGAUGAGCAGGAAUGUAUGAUUUGGGUGUCAGUGCUGCAGAACAGUAAGGAGGAGGCCCUGAACACAGCGCUGGGAGGAGACCAGCUUCACCUCCAGGACAGUGGGCUCCAGGAACUCUCCCGAGCCAUCAUCGGCGAGCUUCGACACAUGCCUGGCAAUGAGGCCUGUGCUGACUGUGGUGCUCCAGAUCCAACAUGGCUGUCAACCAAUCUCGGCAUCCUGACCUGUAUAGAGUGCUCUGGGAUCCACAGAGAGCUGGGUGUCCACUACUCCAGAAUCCAGUCUCUUACGCUGGACCUAUUGAGCACCUCUGAGCUCCUGUUGGCUGUCAGUAUUGGCAACACCAGAUUCAAUGACAUCAUGGAGGCAGGCCUUCCAAAUGACUCUGUCAAACCACUGCCACAAAGCGACAUGAAUGCCAGAAAGGAGUACAUUGUGGCGAAAUACGCUGAGCGUCGGUACGUCCUGCGUAGAGAAGAGACAGAUCCCGCUCGGCUAUAUGAUGCUGUGAGGAGUCGCGACCUCACUUCUCUCCUGCAGCUCUACGCAGAGGGAGCAGACCUGGCCAAACCACUCGUGCUGCCUGAUGGACAGGGGAUCAAAGAGACAGCUCUUCAUCUUGCUGUGCGUCUUGAGGAAAAAAGCUCUCUGGCGCUGGUGGAUUUCCUCUGCCAGAAUAGCAACUGCCUAGAGAAGAGAACAGCAGAAGGAAACACAGCUCUACAUUACAGCGUCCUGCAUCACAAACCUGAGUCUCUCAAGUUGCUGCUAAAAGCAAAAGCGUCCCUACACACAGUGAACUCAGCAGGAGAGACGGCCCUUGAUAUCGCUAGGAGGCUGCAGCACAUACAGUGUGUUGACCUGUUGGAGCUGGCCCAGAGUGGGAAAUUUAACUCUCAGAUCCAUGUGGAGUUCACGUGGGAGACUCAGUCUCAGGAGUUCUAUGACAGUGAAGAUGACCUGGAUGAGAGGGUGAGCCCAUUACCCAAAAACCGCUCUCCACAGCCCUCCAAUGGAGGUGGUGGAACUUCCUUUGCACGCUGGAGUGUGGCAGCUACUAGUUCAGGUGGCAGGCCCUGUCAGACGUAUGAGAAUCUAGACUUCCUAUACAGAAAUCCUCCUGCCAACAGUGCCCCCUCUGGAGCAUCCGGGCCACCACCACUGCCAGCUAAAUCCAUCCAAAGAGGUCGCUCAGACCCUCAGAUUUCGGUCACGACACAGGAAGGAAACUCUAUCCCAAGACGUUGCUCUAACCCAGCCUCCCACUCCUCAAGUCCUCAGAUGCAGGCGAGACACAGUCCUCCUUCACCCAACACAGAGAAUCAGGGCCAAGGUGGGAGGCCACCUAGGUCUCCCCACGGACACGGAGGUCUGCUCAGGGGACAGAGGCAGAACUGGGAGGGCCAACCUGGUACUAGUUCUGGGUCUCAAAGCAGUGUCACACCAACAUCAUCUCUGAAUCACAUAGGACCUGUCAGUUCAGAGAAGACCACGUCGUACCGUCGGACCAGCAGUGGAGGAGGCAACCAGGGGAAGUGCGGUGUGUUGUCUCCGAGCUGUGUAGGCAGCCAGGAGGAGCUGUACUGCAGUUUAUUGGCGAAUAGUCCGGGCCUCACCCCAGCUCCUGCUCCAGCCCCGUCGUCAUCACCCACCAUUACCUGCGCCCCUCGACCCCGCAGGAACGCUAUGGUUUCUGGCAGCAGGCCACAUCAGAAGCGUGUCAAGGCUUUAGUGGACUGCCGAGCAGUCAGUUCUGAGCAGCUUGCCUUUUUCAAGGAUGAGAUCAUCGUGGUCACGGCCACUAAUGACCCCCACUGGUGGGUAGGUCACAUAGAAGGGGAACCAUCCAGAAGUGGGACCUUCCCUGUCAACUAUGUACACAAACUGACAGACUGAAGGACAUGGAAAUAUGAAAAGUACUGUAUGAUAACAUACUAGAGGAACUGAACCAGCAUGGGAUGCUCACUGGAACCUUAUCAUUACAAAGUGGAUUUUACCUACAGGAGAGAACAGUGCCAUUCUCCUGGAUUAAACUCAAACUAUAGGGUUUGAGCAAACUGAGAGUAAUUCCACAUGUGGAUGUACUAGCCAAGGGAUACCUGAGGAUAUAGGGAUUAUGCUGUUUCACAUUUACUCAUCUUGGAAACUAAUAAGGGAAUAUAAGGCUUUCAUAGCACCAUAAAGCCUUUUGUCAAAAGACAGUAUUUUUUUACCUGUUGGUCUGUCCUUGGUUUUCUAACUGCUACAUGAUUCUACAGUUGUCUAAAACCAUGAACCACUGUUAAUAGAUACAAAUUAAUUUGUGGUCAGGGUAACUGCUCUAUUGUCCAUUUAACCAUAAAUUACACAGUAUAUUGUAAAUGUUUAAGUUGUAUAGGAACGGUACCUAGAAGCAGACCUUACCUGCAGAGCAAAAUCCUUUGAGGCACUUUAAACUAAUUUAGAGGAAAUCCUCUUAAGAGUUGGCAGAGCUGUAAGUGUGUACCUAGCUGUGUGCCUGUUGUAUAUGGAUAUAGCUGCUUUUUGUUCUGAGCGGAAACUACAGUCUUUUAAAAUCACAGUUCACUGAAAGACUGGAUGUGAGGUUCAAACCUGCCCAGUGUCUGUUGCAGCCUGUCCUGGGACUCUAAAAGUGGCUUUGUGCCUGCCAGCCUGUCUCCAACAAAACGCCAGGCGUCUGGGCAGCCCCGAGGAGAGAUGUGAAACUUUAGCUGUGCCAUCUUGACUCUGGGCAUGACUUGCUGCCUGCAAGGAGAGGAGGAGGAUCCAGUUUCUUCUGGCUCCAGGCAUCUGUCUCUGGAGAACAUGGGAUAGCAACCGUGUGUUAGGAAAAAAAAAACUCUCUCUGCUCUACCAGGAAAUGGCACUUAAAGAGGACUUGUUGGUAACAGCACCCCACUGCAGUGAUUUGUUCAGUGGACACACAGUUACUUGCUAUGGGCAUAUGUGUAUCACCGCAUAUAUACACAAACUCAUUUGCACUUACUAUACACACAGAUUCACUUCCUGGAAGUAGGACCCUUUAGGAAAGAAAGAAAGAGUUGAGAGUAGGAGAGAACUGCUCCACAUUUUUAAAUCAAUAACAAAUGUAACACAUUUCACAGCAGUUCCACACAAUUUGUUGUACAUACUUGUCUAAAAAUGUCCACUUAUAUGUACAGUGUAUAUCACGUUUUCUAAUCUGUUAUGCAUUACAAACAAAUGUAUCAUUACAGACAGUGUUACUUUUAA